AUGUACCUCCAAAAGGCCGAUCUUGCCCAGGCACCGCAAGCGAAACGCCCCCGACGUUGGAAAGCCCCCGUUUACAGCAGCCCCGGUCCGGUUGAGGAGGGACACGCUCCGGGGUUAACAGUCCCGAAGGCCCGUACAGUUGUUUUACCUCAGCCGUCCAGUGCGAUUGGUAGUCCGUCGUCCCCGGUACUGCCGCCGCUUCCCCAUCCGCCCGCGGGUAGAUUCUCUGUUGUGCCAUCAACGGGGGAUCAACCUAUUCCGACGCCAGCGAACAGGCAGGAAGUUGUUGCUGCUACGCCGCAACCGGUAGCAACCGAUCAGGCAUUCAGCAAUUCUACAGAUAAACCGCCGCCAAACGGGCCUGCGUCGCAAGUUCCGUACACGGCCUUCAUCGUGGCCUAUCCAGAUUACCGAGGCAGCCUUGGGACUUUCCUCCGGGCCGCCAUGUGUAUUUUACCGCUUCAAAAAGACAGAGCACUCCCCGAGUUUCUCUAUGACGACUUUAUUCGAGUAUUCUCAACCGACUUCCUCAAAUACAUCGGCAGUUUAGACGAGAAUACCCGCCCCCUUUCGGCGAUCCAGUUCUACAACGAGCACGUGUCGAGGCCUCUUUACACCAAAUGCGUUCUUACUAAGGACAACAUAAACGACGUUACCGAAAAAUAUCCGGAGGAAUCCCGUGCCAUUCAGCAAACCCUCGAAAAGUCAGAAGCCCGUAGGCGGCCAACACGACAACUACCAGGCAAGAUGGCAGCUGACAAGCAUAUGGUGCAAUUGCCGCCCGCCCCGAUGGACACAAGUCAUCCUCUGCCGCAAAAUGUACUCCCUAGUUCGGCCUCGGUAAUAAACCACGAUGCCGUGACCCGGGAAACUUCGCCACAUACGGCGUCCAUCCAUCCCACCGUGCCAAUGCUGCCGUUGCAGGAGCACCGAGAGACCGAUGCGCCGGUGACAGCUAGCCGGAACGUUUCCGGAAGUUCUUCAGUCCAUCGGCACCGGGCCCAAGCCGAAAUACCGGCCAUCUUGACAGCCACCUCUCCCAGCGGACUCGAGGUUUUGCGGACUCAGGUCGACUCUUCACCGCCACGCACCAGACCUUCACCUCCGCCAAAGGUAACCAAAAUCAACUUACCGGUAGCCAGCACCCUUCCUGGCAAUAUGCUCUCUCAGAUCAGCCACCCCGAUAGCAUACCGGAAACGGUAUUGAAGCGCAAAGCUGCGCCCAGAGCUUCUGUAGGAUCGUCGGCUCCGGAACCCGGUGGCGAGUUCAAGCGGCAAAGAACGGCGACGAAAGAUGUAGACAAGAGGGCUCUCCGGUUUAGGAAGUUUUUGAUACAAAAGAGGACGCAGAGCUCCGCCCCCGAACAGUCGACACCACCAUAG